GUCUUCGGAGCCUCGCACUGGACGCGGCGUCUCCUUGUGUCUCCUCGAGCAGCAGAUUGUUCUUGCGAAGGCCGGCUGCUGCUGCCAGUCGACGGCGCCCAGUACGCCCACGUCAUGGAGGCUGCAGCUGCGCAAGCCUUUGCUGCUGCGGCCAGCAGCAGCAGCAGCAGCAGCAGCAGCGACGGCAUGUCGCAGCAGGAGCAACUGCGGGAGGCCUGCGCAGCAGCAGCAGCAGUCGCGCGAGAAGUGGUUGUGGGGCCCGAGCUGCUGGGGGCCCUCAUCAGGAAGCCCCUGGAGACAGUUGUGGGCCCCACAGUUGUUUCUUUUGCUGCUGCAGCAGGCGCAGGGGCGCAGCAGGGCCGCCUGCCCUUUGACUUGACUCUCGAUCCCGUCUCCUCCACAAGUAUAGGAAAGAAGACCAUUGCGAGGCUUCAAAAGGAGGUCGAGGCCCACGCCAAGCAGCAGCAGCAAAGCUCCCACCGCCUUUGCCUCUCAGGCUUCCGGGAGGAAGAGAUUGCAGCUUUGCUGCUGUCUCCGUCUUGCCUAGCAGCAAGAGUCUCCGAAUUGGCUGCGCUGCGGCAGCGGCUGCUGCAGGGCUUCCUUAAGGACGGGCGCUUCACUGAGCGGGGCAUUCGGCUGCUGCAGGCCCUGGUGGCUCACGUGGAUGGGCUGGACUUUGCUGCUGGCGAGCCGCCGCCGCCGCAGCAGCAGCAGCAGCAGCAGCAGCUGCAGUCCCCGCUGCAGCAGCAGCAACAGCAGCAGAGAGAGCUGCUUCUGGAAGCGAUGCAGCGCCAAGAAGAAAUCGACAGCAAAGAUGUCAGCCCCUGGAGGCUGCGCUGCAUGCAGUGGGCCUUUGCUUUAGGAAGAGCAGCAGGAGCUGAAGCAACUGUCUCCUUUGACUCCCUCGUGUCUCUUUCCAUGUCCAAACAUGCGGAGCAGAUUUUGCUGCUCCUCAACCCUUUCCUCACCCCAA